AUGGCUACUUCUGUCAAAGAUACGUCUUUGUCUUUAAAUGAAUUAAGGAUCGAACUGAAGAAACGAGGAGCGAAGUUGUCCGGAAGAAAAAUUGAUUUAGUUGAAAGGUUAGAAGCAUACAGGAGAAAUUAUAAUUUUGGUCGGAAUGAUUUGAUUAAUGCUGUAGAAUAUAGAGUUAAAACACCAGUAGAUGAUUUAUAUAGAGAUAUCAACAGCAAUACAGAAUUUGUACAUAUUCGUUUGGAAAAUGUUACUUCAUAUUUAUCCCUCUUUGAUAAACAUUUUGAUAAAAAAUCAAAACUUUUGUAUGAUGAACAAUUUUUGAAAUAUGUCCGAGUAACUAAAGUAGACGAUCUUUUUUAUGUAAAGUCUGCAUGUUGUGCUGAAAUGAAGAAUUCCUGCUCUUAUGUUAUUAAUAUAUGUUUUGACAAUACAGGAUCCAUCGUAGAGAGUGAAUGUGAAUGUGCUGCAGGAAUGGGACCAAACUCAUACCAAGCAUGUAUGUACUGUUUUGUAUGCUUGUGUUGA